GACAGACAGUUGGUACAGCGAGGGUACCACAGGACACUGCUACUGCUGCUGGACCUCAACAACUAGCAACGAAGGCGGACAAACCCAAACUGCCACGGAUAUAUCCUCGACCUACCUCACCUUUGGAUAUUCUGCUACUUGGACAUAAAGCAAGUUACGUUUGGACAUAAAGCAAGUUACGUAUGUAGCAUUUAUGUGUCAGGGCUGUUUUUCUGUCGUCAACGUUUGGAUUCUGUGAACCGGAGCGAGCGGACGGAGCAGCGACUGGAUCUUUUUACUUUUCGGCGAAGGCUACAUUCAUGUAGGCUACAGCACUGUUUUAAACAUUUGUGGUUGUGAGUAGUCUGUCCACUAAGAGACUGUUCGCCUGGCUGGCCACUAGCUUCCGAUAUCGAUAAGUGGCUGAUGGUCAGCCACUGUGGUUUACAUAAUACAAUUUCAGCUACUAUAGGCUACGAACACAGCGAACAAACUGCUAGCGAUAGCGACGUUAGGACCUGUAUAAAACCGUUGACACAGGCUGUAGACGGUGAGGUCAUUAUAAACUCUUGAACAUAAAAGGCUACACACCACAUGUGUGUUGGUAGGCUAUAGUAGCCUAUUGACAUAUCACAGUUUGUCUUUCCUUCUUUUAAUUAUUUGGUGCUACAAAGUAACGAGGGCUGCAACUCCACCAGCACAGCAGUUAAGUUGGUAAGCACUUGUAGCAUUUGGACUUUAACAAAGACAACAGCGUUUAAAUUGUCGUCUAAACGUGUUCCGGUCGUGCAAAAACGACAUAACUGAGGGUAAAGUUUGACAGUAAACUGCCUGUACUCCUCCAAGGGCUGAAAGGUCACCCGGACCGGUCGUCUCUUUUUCUCUCCUCCCCCUCCUCCUAUCAGUCUGUUAUGAAGAUGUGAACUCUUCCCUCCCUCCCUUCCUCUUUCUCUCUUCGCCGUCCAGGACGCUUUGAUCUUUUUUUUCUCUGUUUGGUACAAAGAGAUCAAAGGCGACUCCCGCCUCUCGGGGAUGUACGAAAGCGUGGAUGUUGUGGGUUUUAGCCCCAGCCCCAGCAGCCCCAGUCCGGGCUCUUUUCUGAGCAUGGACUACUACCACAGACCCCCGGGGCUCGGGCCGGAGAAGGGACUCCUGUCCGGUGUCGGAGGACUCCAGCGUCCGUUCGUAGGGUCCCUGGUAACCGGCAGACACUGGAGCGGAUCCAGCCACUCAAUAGAGACUGAGAGCACGAGUUCAGGGGAGGACCUGCUUGUCCCCAGCCCCCCCUCACCUCCGCCUCCACCGCGCAUCUACAAGCCCUGCUUUGUAUGUCAGGACAAAUCUUCAGGAUACCACUAUGGAGUCAGUGCCUGUGAGGGCUGCAAGGGUUUCUUUCGGAGGAGCAUCCAGAAGAACAUGGUGUACACGUGUCACCGAGACAAAGUCUGUGUCAUAAACAAGGUGACGAGGAACCGGUGUCAGUCCUGUCGACUGCAGAAAUGCCUCGAGGUUGGCAUGUCCAAGGAGUUGGUGCGAAAUGACAGAAUGAAGAAGAAGAAGGAGGAGAAGAGGCAGGGAGAGACAGAGAUCUACGUCCUGUCAGCCGACACAGAGCAGAUGAUUGAACGAGUCCGCCGGGCCCAUAUGGACACAUUUCCCUCCCUCUGUCAGCUGGGAAAAUACACCACGAGCAAUAGCUCAGAGCACCGUGUCCCUCUGGACGUCAGUCUUUGGGACAAGUUCAGCGAAUUGUCCACCAAAUGCAUCAUUAAGACAGUGGAGUUCGCCAAGCAUCUCCCUGGUUUCACAACCUUAACCAUUGCUGAUCAGAUCACCCUGCUCAAAUCGGCCUGCCUCGACAUACUGAUUCUAAGGAUCUGCACCCGCUACACCCCAGACCAGGACACCAUGACCUUCUCUGACGGUUUGACUCUGAACCGCACCCAGAUGCACAACGCCGGGUUCGGACCCCUCACAGACCUGGUGUUCUCCUUUGCCAACCAGCUGCUUCCGCUGGAGAUGGACGACGCAGAGACGGGAUUACUCAGCGCCAUCUGCCUCCUCUGUGGAGAUCGUCAGGAUCUGGAGGAAUCAGAGAAGGUGGAUGUUCUUCAGGAGCCGAUGCUUGAAGCCUUGAAGAUCUAUGUGAGGAGGAGGAGGCCUGAUAAACCCUGUAUGUUCCCCAAGAUACUGAUGAAGAUUACUGACCUCAGGAGCAUCAGUGUGAAGGGAGCAGAGCGAGUGAUCACGCUGAAAAUGGAGAUACCUGGCUCCAUGCCUCCCCUCAUCCAGGAAAUGCUGGAGAACUCUGAGGGACUGGAGGGGCACGGAGCCGGGGGAGGGAAAGGGGGAGGCGGAGGAGGAAAAAGUAGAGGAGGUGGCAGAGAAGAGGAUGAAACAGAGGUCGGAAGCUGUCGUCCAAGUCCGUCUCCCAAAUCAGUUCGCUCUCGCAGCCCGAGCCCCGUGCCCUGCUCGCCCUCUUCUUCUUCCUCGUCUUCCUCCCCCACCACCUGAAGUCCUACACGCAGCACCUAUGCUCCACACAGCACCCCCUCCUCCCCCCACCGCACGGCGUGGUACUGCCAGAACACCAUCCACACAGCAGACUGAAAGAACUGCACCUCAUAACAGAUGAUCGGGAAGACAAAAAGUCUGAAUGUCUGAAUGUGAGCCCAUAAACUCUCUGGGUUACUAGGGACAUGUUUGGUCCAUGACAUUAAUAAAACCGUACAGUAUGUGUGCCAGGAGCGAGGCAACAGUGAAUUUCUAGGUGGUGUGAGGUUGAAUGAAAGCAGGUAAACUACGCUGUGAGGACUUGAUUUGUUGUUCAGACGUCAUGGUUUUACAUUAAAUUCAACAACAACAAAAAACAUUUCACAUGCCUGAAAGGUUAAUUAUAUGCAGACUGUGUGAACCUAAAUGAAGAAGUAUGGAGAUUCUGAAAUGUGGACGGACUGAUGAAGAGGAUUCCUCUUAAAUCACACAUCUUCUCCCUUAUGAAAAGUCAUGUAUAGUACGCAGAAUCAGUACGUGUAAUAUAUUGUAUAUAAAAAAGGCUGUGAAAGAAGUUAUGUCGGAGUAAGGGGGACUUAUACAAUAAGAUAUUUUCUUAAAUGUACAUGUGUGUGUAUGUACUGUAUUUACCCAACACAAUAUACCUAACACAAUAUAUACCCACCCCCCCACACCCACCACCCCUCCCCUCACAGACACAUCAGGGGAAAUAUUAAUCCAUGACUUAAUUUUCUUCCACUGGAAUCAAAAAUGUAAAUGUAAAUUUGGAGACUUUCUAUCAUUUUAGGCAAAUGCAUAAAUGUAUUUCUCUGUGUCGCUUUGCAUCAUCAUCCGUAGAAAUGUAUUUAGUUUUUUUCCAUGAAUGAUGGAGUUUAAGCCACUCAAAUGACUUCACUUAUGAAACAUAAGACCUUUUCAUUUUAAAGUAAUUACAAUGUCUGCCCGCUGGUGGACAAACUGUGAUACCAGAAGUAGGGCUGCUGGAUUAUGGA